AUGUACGCUCUUAAAGUCUGUGUUUAUGCAUUGUGGGGUUUUUUGUCUCCAGGUGAGAAAGGAAUUGGCAAGACUACCCAGAAACCCUUGCACUAUAAAGGAAGUCUGUUUCACAGGAUAGUGAAGGACUUUAUGAUACAAGGAGGAGACUUCAGUGAAGGAAAUGGCAGAGGUGGUGAAUCUAUAUAUGGAGGUUUCUUUGAAGAUGAGAGCUUCUCAAUGAAACAUACCAAAGAGUUCCUGCUGUCGAUGGCAAACAGAGGGAAGGACACCAAUGGCUCACAGUUCUUUAUAACUACAAAACCAACUCCUCACUUGGACGGAAUUCAUGUGGUGUUUGGUCAGGUGAUCUCCGGCCAGGAGGUGAUCCGGAUGAUCGAGAGUCAGAAGACAGAUACCAACAGCCGACCCUACGCCGAGGUCAAAGUGCUCAACUGUGGGGAACUUGUUCCAAAAUCUAAAGCAAAAAAAGAAAAGAAGAAGCAUCAGUCAUCCAUUCUCCUGUUCGUAACUUGUAAAUUCAAUUCCAGACCCAUGGCGAACUCCCGGCCAAACCGCACGAGACUGGUGAUGACCAGGUCAGGGCGCAGAAUUAAAGGAAGAGGACCGAGGCGCUACCGGACACCAUCUAGAUCUCGCUCGCGGUCAUGGGAUCGGUUUCGCCGCAGUGAGACGCCUCCACACUGGAGGCAGGAAAUGCAAAGGACACAGAAAGCUAAAGCCAACACAGCUGCCACUCAGGACCGAUGGAUCAAAGGGGACAAAGGAGAUAUGUCGGAGGUAAAGACAGAAGCCACUGAACCAGCCAGUGAGAACAAAGCUUCAGGACAAGAAGAAGCAAAAAAGAACUCUGAACGAGAAAAGAGAGAUGCAAAGCGGGAAAAAUCUCACAGUCCCUCCAGAGGAAGAGAUAGGAAGAGGGACAAACAUCGCUCCAAAAGCAGAGAUAGGGAUGCACGGAAAAAGACAGAUGCUGAUGCGGAAAAGAAGAAAGCUCGCAGCCGGAGCAAGAGCAAAGACAAGAAGAGAGAGAAGGAAAAGCACAGCAAAGCAGAUGACAAACGGGGACGCUCAAGCAGCAAGGACAGGAAAGAGAAAGAUGCCAAAGAGCGAGAGAAGGAGGGCGAACAAAAAGACAAAAGCAAAGAAAGGACCAAACAACAUCCGGAAGGGAAUGAUAAGGAAAAGUUGAAGGAGGUGGAAAAGAAGAAGAAUGGAGAGCAGCGUCGUGACCGAUCUAGAAGCAGAGAAAAGGGUCGCGAUGCAUCACGGAGGUCCAAGUCCAGGUCCAGAGGCCGUGACAAGCGUGGCCAAUCACGUGACAGAGGCCGUGACAGACGCCACAGCAGCAGCCGGGACAGAAGAUCAUCUCGUCGGUCGAGAAGCAGAGAGCGAGACAGACGGGACCACGGGAGAGACGCAGAAGACCGAAACAAGAGGAAGAGUGCAGAGGAGUCAAAGAGCAAAGAGAGCAGAGGACGAGACAGGAGCUCCAAAGAACGAUCCUCCCAGAGACAGAGAAGCAGAGAGCGAGAUGAUCGACAGAGCGGCAGGAAGAGGAAAGAAAAGAGUGACAGUGAAAGCAGUGAUUCUGAGAGCGAUGCUGAUAAACAGAAGAAGAGAAACAGGAGCGAGAGUCCGAAAUCUAAAGAGAGAGCGAAGGACAAAUCUAAAAGUCCAAGCAAAGAUGCGAAGAAAAAGGGUUCCUCUUCCAGUGACAGCGACUGAGAGACUGCAUGUACCACUCCAUUUCUUUGUUUUCUUUUUCCCCAUCAAUGACUUGCUGUACAUUGAUGGAUACAAAGAGAUAUUUUAGUCAUCGUGUGAACCAGACAUGCCCUUCUCCUGAACGCCUGGAAUAUUUUUUUAAUGGCUGAUACCAAUUGCAUCCUAAUUUGUUUCAGUUGAAUCGGUUAUAUUUGUCCAGCUUUUA